UUGCCUCACGAACUAAGCUUUACCUGAAGUCUUUGUACCUUAAUAUCUAGUGAUGAUCAUGAAGCACCUUGGCAUUCUCUUGCUGACUGUCACAUUGGUGGCUGCAGCUAUCCUGCCAGCUGGUGGUGACGCUGGAGGUGCCCUGUAUGCAACUAACAACCAUGUCUCGGCUUUUGGACUCGUUGACAGCCUCAACCAAACUCAACUCCCCGGACCCAGCCGUGAUCUCAACUGCAGCACCAAGCGUUGCAACAAGGACAGAGACUGCAUUGGCGAUUGCACCAAAUGUUCGAGCCAUGAAUGCGUCUACAAAUUCAUCAACGAUGAAGAUGUGUGUAGAAGAAAGUGUCAGAGCAAUGCAGACUGCGAGUCCCCUUGUGAAUAUUGCUUGGUGAUCAAGGAAAUCUGCUACACUUCGGUGAAUAUUGCUCAUUCAUUUCCAGACGGGUAUCCCCCCAAGAGAGACAUAUUGACCAGGGAUGACAAACCGAUGGCCGAUCUCCUGGAGGCCGACACCACUCUUGGUGACGAUAAUUUUCCCGAGAAACACGUCUAGAGGGUAUUGGUAAUUGCCAGUGAAUCUGCAACCGGUGUAUCGAAUACAAGGUUUGCAGGUCUGUGUGGUCCCAAGAGCUGUCUAGAUGCCCCUUCAUAACGUCUCCGGGUCUUGAUAAGCCUGGUUUGGCCUCGUAACCGUUCGUUUCAGCGUUGAUCUCGGCAGUGCAAGCUGAUGCCGGUGCUGGACACUGGUACUAGCGCAAGGCAUAAUAAUGAGAUUUGGCGACUACGGAUUGACUGCGAAUGGUAGAAUCAAGCAUUAAUGACUAGAAAUGAAUAAAAGCCAUGGUUCAUCAGG